AUAGACCAAUCGAUAUCAAUGCAAAGACCAAAGAAGUUCAGAAUUUCUGUGUAUGUGAACCAUACGAAUACACUUUUAAAAUACCAAUGUGCAGGGCCCAUGAUGGGUCACAAGAACCUAGAAAAAAUCCAGAAAUACCAUUUUGCUUAUCUGGAAAACCCACAUCAGAUAGAAUCCUUUCUUUUAGUUGCGAUAAACAAAAAGAAAAAAUUGAUAAUACACUCUUGGCUAACGCGACCACAAACAAAGAUGAACUUAUCGAUCUAGAAGAUGCAUUAUUUUUUGGAAUGGAGCAAAGUAAAACUGUUUUUUUACCAGGAUUAUUUUUAAUAAUUAAAUAUAGUAUUGCUUUAUUUGGAUAUAAUACCGAUAUGGAUAACCUACAAAAUCUCAGAUUAACUGGUAGUGCUGCAUUACAACAACUUAUCGAUGCUAUAAAAGCAAAUAACCCUAUUCCUUCUCAACCUAAUGAAUCUGUUCUAACACCUACACCAACUGAAAUAAUAAUUUAA